AGGGGGAAAAACAUGGUUAAUGUCAAUUGUUACCCCCAGCUGUCGCUGAGAGCCAACUCCAGGAUCUCUUUUAUUUUUUUGUGUGUUAGGCCAUGUUGAUGUAUGUAUGGUACUUCGCUGUUCAACAAAAACAACUUUUUAUUAAAAUGCUAAUUGAAGUGGACGAUCCUCGAACGGUCACCGUGAUGGGACUCCUGCAACAUUGUAAUUCAUCUGAAUUGAAAGAACUUUUAAACGAAGACGCCCGCCUAGAGUUUAUCAUUCGCGAUUCUCAGUUGGUCAAGCAACAAGAAGGAGAAAAAGAUAUGCUACUAGCAAGCAACAAAUCUUUAGCAGAAUACAACUUAACUUGGGAACCUAAAAUUAGUUCUGGAAAGCAAAAACUAGUGGAGCUCUAUCAGAUUGGUUCUCAGCUAGAAAAAAGUCUAGAAGAAAAAGAGAUGGUGGGGCAAGGAGAAAGCAUUACACUUGAUACAGCGCUUGGUUUACUUCAAUCUGCUACAUUGCAAGCUGACGAAGAAUCUGAAAAGCUUGCUGAAAAAUUUCUUGACAAGUCAUUGGAUGUGGAUACUUUUGUUGAAGAAUUUCAGCAGAGAAGGAAGAUGGCUCAUCUACGGAAAGUUAAAGCUGAUAAGAUGAAAGAGCUUGUGGCAAAGCAAAAACAUACUGUUCAGCAGCACGGCAUUUCAACCCAUAUAAGGCCAGCUCCACCACCUCCAAGCUAUGUCACUCAUUCUUCAAGCACCAAUCCUAUUCCUCCUUACCCUAUCCAUAAUGCUCCUGGAAAUCUUCCCUAUCCAAUCUUCCCCCCAAACAAUGCUUCUAGUAUGCCCUACCCUAUCUAUCCAAAUUCUAAUGUAUAUAACCCUAGGAUGUAAGUUGGAAACAUCCUGCUUAUAAUUGAAGGUUUACAAUAUUUGAAGCAGUCUUCUGUUUUUCUUUGUCUUGUAUUUAAAGGCCUACAAACAUCAAUAGUUGGUUCAACUGUACACAAACCAAAAAACAUUAUGGCCCCUUGUAAUUUUCUUUUAUUUCAUCAUAGUUAGUUUUUCCUACCAUGUGGAGUCCAGCCAAAAUGAUUAUGCCUAAUAAAACAAAUGCAAUAGCAUUGUCUGAUUUUUUAAA